AUGGCGAAGGGAGCAAAAAGGAAGACCAAAUGGGUGUCCUUGUCGCUGGCCAACGCAAACACCAAGACCUCCAAUGCGACCGGCUCGGAUAGCGAACAGACGACCCACAGCCAGCAGCAACACUAUGGAGAUGGACACCGAAGUAAAAUGUACAACGGAGCUAGUUUAGCUUCAAAAGCUGGCAGAGAUGUGACAGCUGGAACCGAAGUUACAGAAGAGCAUAGCGGUAACGAACGCACCCAGGAUCACAGUGGUAAUCGAACCGAUACCAGUACCGGAAGCGAUUGUGCCACGGGUCAGGAGCGGCGAUCUGUGAACAGCUACCACAGACGUCGGCCACCUCCAUACAAUGCCCGAACCGGAUGGAGCGGUGGAUCCACCGGUGGCUCUAGUAAUGGUCGCAACAACUAUCAUCGCAAUGGUUACUAUGGAAAUGGCGGCGGAUACUACGGCGGAGGAAAACGGUCUUACUUUGAUAGCUACACAAGGCGACAACAAACUGCAACCAGCACGAACCGAACGACCUCCGGUGAUGGGGCAGAGACGGGAGGAACUACGAUUAAUGACGACGAGUAUACGCGAAUAACAACACCGCGACAGGAUGUACUGUUUAAGAAGGGUUACCUGUCCCGGCCGAAGCCUUCCGUCGCGACAGCCAGUACGUCCAACACGGGGUCCAGCUCAAUUGCCGGCACCACUAGUGAGGGUAGCGAUGGUGGAAAUGCAGGUGGCAGUAAUAGCAUCUCCACGACGGAAUCCAUCACAUCCGAGUAUGGUGGAUCGUUUGCGGCCGAUGGUAGCCCACUGUACGACUAUUCCAUCCCAUGUAUUCCGUGCGGGUACUUCACCGAGAACGGUGUGCUGGUGAUGAAUGGUUUCGCUGUGGAUAACAAUGGCUUUUCGUACUUCAACGGUGGCCAGACGUACAUCUAUCCACCGAACUACAACGGCUGCCAACAGUCACCGUUAGCGACCACAAACACAGGGGACCAAACGGCGGAUUCGAUGCUGUACGCAACCGACGACACAAAUGACGAAGCUAACACGAAUGAAUCGACCGAACUGGAUAGAACCACACCGAACCAUUCGACGCCCGUCAUAGAUUCCGAAUCGAUGCCAGGGUACGAAGAUAUUUCUGUUGUUUCCUGUUCUGGAGCGUAUAACGAAAACGAAGCCACCGGUGGUGAUGGUCAAUACUUCACGAACGAUGGCCUUUCCACGAUGGAGCAGGUACCCCUGUGCGAAGUGGUUCCGGAGCAGCCCAUACCGACUAAGCUAGCUGGGGAAGAAUCGGUAGACACUAGCGCGGUUUGCGAUGCGUCAAAUGAAUCGGCUUCCACCAGCGUGCAGGAAGUGCAAGAUUUCUCGGAGAACGGAUAUUUCCAAUACACCAAUGGGUUUGAUUUGGCACAGUUUUAUAACUCACUGUGCUAUCCAAACUUGCUGAUGGACCAGUACCGACUGUAUGAUGAUGCUGGUUUACCAUUGUACAGCGGUUCCGAGUACGCUAUGGCAAAUGAAGAAGUCUAUGGACAUCAGCACAGCUUUAAGAAACGUAAAAAGCGUUUCCGUACGUUUGAGGAGAUGCCAUCAGUAAAUGGGAACUCUUUUGACGUUGGAAAUACACCAUCCGAAAUGGCGGUGGAACCCAACACUAUCGGUAGUGAUGCUAUCGAUUGCGUGCCAGCAAACCAUGUUCCUUCUAGUGCUGUAUGUCAUCAGUCGUAUCAGCUGAAUGCUGAAGUGCAAGAAUUUCUACCUUCCGUACCCACGGUCGUUCCACAUUCAAGUGCCGUUAAGCCUGACGAUGUGUGUGCAUCACUUGACAAAACGAAUAGCUGCACCAAGGGUAACACUUGCGCCGUGGCGAAGCCUCGACAUUCAGUAACACCAAAACUUCCAAAGCCAUCGUCCCAAAAACUCGCUUCCGGGCCCGUUGCUCAUGCUACCGACGAUACAGCAAACGUUUCGCCACCGUCGGCCAACGGAAAACCACCGCUAAACAAAGCGAAUCGCAAAAAGGACCUGAUCGAAUCAACGCUUGCCUUUGCAGCCCAGAAUAUUGAUCUCACGCGUCCAAAAACGACCACUUCCCAAGAGUCGUCACAUGACAGCGAACUAUUCUGGACCACCGUCGAUCGCAACGGGCGAAAGAAGCGUGUAGCAUCGGUUCCGGAACAGCACACGGUCACUGCCAACUCAGCGGAGAAGGAAUCUUCUACCGAAGAACGAACGAAAGGGAAAUUAACUGUUGGAGAUGGGAUGCAAUCGGAGGCAUCGAUCCAACUGCAGGAUAAUGCGUCUGCAGUAGCAAGUCAGACAUUGCUCGACGCGAACGCGGUUGCCACGGAUGAAAGUGGCAAAAAGGAGCAACCAACGAAAAGUAAGAAAAAGACACAUAAGCACAAAAGACAACAACUCCGGAGGUCAAUGGGGAAUUUCAAUAAGCAACCGCUGGAAGGUUUUCAGUUGAUCGAACCUGAAUUUACUUCUUCAGCGACGGGACAUCGUAAGGGCAAAAGCAGUGAUAAAGCGGGACGAGUUGAUACUAUCGUUCAGAAAGCUCAAAACGAAGAUACGCAGGUGGUUAAACAGUCCAAUAAGAAACAGCUAUCCGCUACGGUGACCCUGGGGCCAAUUGGGACAACGGAUGGGCACUGCCGUGUCGUGGAGGAGCAGCCAGAAACCGUGGAAAUGAACAUUAAUUGUGAUAACUCAAGCAAUGGUACCACUUCGGAAGUCUCGCUUACGGAAGAGGUGGAUCAGUACGAGGUUGGGGAGACGGUUGCUCAAAAAAUAGUACCGUUGUUAGCCUUUGCCUCAGCGAUGGAUGUGAAAACUAUUGUUAAUAAGACUGAGACUGAAAAACAUCACCAACAAUUGAUGUCGGUGGCCGUCGAGCAAGAACAGAAAGCUGAAAUUGCGGAACAAGCAGUCGUUCAGAAUGGGGUGAUUCAAAAUGAUAUCAAACAGGUAGUACCAAUUGAAGAGGUAUUGAAAGAAGCUAAUCAGGAGACAGUGCAGAGCACACUGGAUCCAACCGAGCUUGAUGCUUCGAUGGUUAAUCUUUGCUUAAAAGCGGAUAAUGUUUCCGGUCAAGACGAAACAAAUGAAACUCUGUCGCCUGUAAUCGAAAAGCAACAGCUCACGAAUGUGAAACUGUCCGUCGACACGAGCGUGUUUGCCAGCGCCGCUAAGCAGCUUACAAUCAGCUCCGUUAGUCCCACAUUGCCAGCGCUCGAAGAAGACGAGUCGGAAGAUCACGUGGAUGGUGUUGCAGACGAUAGCACCGCAUCAGAAGGUGACGAUACGCGCACGAAGCGUGACAGUAUGUCCGGUGCGGGUUAUACCGAAAGCAUUGACUCGGGUCUGCAAAGCCCUGCACCGUGUGGUGGAGUUGCCUCACCGGAAACCUCGUCCAUGGUGAGCUCGAUCGAAAGCCAACCGGCCAUAGAUUUGCCGGAUGUAGCGUCCAGCCAGUCGGCCUUGUCCCAGGUGGUAGGUACAUGGCUUAUGAGAAAGCUGGAAGUACACGAACCCGAGGAGGUGUUUAUACUGCCAAACAAUCCGCUGCUGAUCCAGCGUUUGGAGCGGUUCCAUCAACUGCAACGACGAGAACAUCGUGAUCGGCUGCGAGGACCGUUCUCGUCUGAAUCUGAGGGAGAAGACCAGGAGUACGAUCUCGAGGAUGAUGACGACACGGAUAGUGACUACAUGAGCGACGGCCAUGGAAGAAUUGAUCGCACACAAUCGGAUGACGCUAACAGCACAAAUCCAGGCUCACCCCUCAACUCUGUACAGCAGGACGUUGGUGUAGUGCAAAAGAAUCCGCUAGGUGGCGCACAACAAGGGUCACUAACGAAUGCAGCAAAGCCGCAGCGUGACGAAAGCAAACGAUAUGCAACACAGCACAGUGAUGGCGGCAAUAGUUCGAAACGCUGCAUAAUCAUGUAG